AUGCUGCAGAACGUGCGCGGCCUUGCGUACCGGAUCCAGUCCUUCCAUGGCGGCAGCGGCAACAUGUCGGUGCGUGUCGGCACGAACUCUCGCAUCGACAAGGGCGCGCAAGAAAAUCAAAAGUCGUACGUGGCGCUGACGCGUAUCCUCUCCAACCUCGUCGCUGGUGCCCUCGUCUUCCUCUCGGUUGCUACGCUCAUCGUGCUUCUCUCCCAGCACAUGUUUGCCCGCACGAUCGUGUCGGCGAAUGCGCAGACUGAGGGCUUCUUCUGGGCGCCCUACGGCCAAAACUGCAUGCUCAAUGCCAACGGCUUUGUACCCAACACGUGCUCGGCCGUGGAGGAAAGCGCGAUUGUACCGGCGGCGUGGACGGCCGUCGGCGUCGCCCUCGCGCAGCAGUGGUCGCUCGAACUUGCGAAAGCAAGUUCGCUGUACAUCACGACGUGCAGCAUUGGUGGCACCGCGGCCGUGGGGUGGGCCAACCUCGAGUUCAUCGCCGGGUACACUGGCUUCCCCGAGUGUUUGCCGACAAACGGCGCGCAGCCCGUCGCGGGCAUGGCGAUGAUCGAAACGACGAUCCGCGAAAAUCACCCGGACGGCGUCUACCUCAUGACGCUCUACUCGGACCUGACGCCAGAAAUGCAGCUUGUCCAGAGCUACGUGAGCACAGACGGAUCGGUCGCACCCCUCAUUGAGAGCGUCAAGCGAACCGUGAUCACGCAAGCGGGUGGCAUUGAAAACGACGUCCUUGGCUUGAGCAGCAUCAUCACGUCACGCCCGCUUGGCAACCGGUACUUGGUCACGUCUGCGUGCCACACCGAGAUCGAAGAGCUCUCGGGGCAGAUCUCAGCCCUAGGACUCACCGGCUGGAGCCAAGGGGCACACUCGAAAUUGCCCAUCGUGCCGGGCUGGAACUGCGGGCACACGGUCGCCAACGCCAACGAACUCAUCGCAAUUCAAGUCAUUUUCGCCAUCAUGACGCUCUUGCUGCUCAGCGGUGACCUCCUCACCACAUAUCAAGGGCUCAAGGGUGUUUUGGGCGGGAAGCCAGUGCUUACGUACGCGAUUCUCUCGGGUCUCGAGCGGCGCAAGCUGCUCCUUGUCUGCAUCCUCGUCAACGCGAUGCCCGGUCUACUCUACAUGGACGUCUCGCGCAUCUACUACUUUACAGACAACGGCUUCAAGAUCUGGAGCCUCUCUGCUCUCAUGGUCGCGAGCUUUGUCUCGUUCGGGUGGCUCCUUGCACUGAGCAUUCUCGAUUGGCUAUGCCGACCGCUUCGGUCGCUCCUUGGUCAAAAGUGCUUGACGUACUCGGCGCCGCUCUACAUGUAUGCGUCGAUUGCCGCCAUUUUCUACCUCCUCGCGGGCAACGACAUCCUCUUCAAACAAGUUUACAAUGCGUUUUAUGCGGCCCCGCCGUUCAUUGGUAUGUUUAUCAACAAUGCGACAUGGCCGAGCGGCGCAUACGUCGCCGACGGCACCCCCACGGCGUUCACGGAGCUCCAAAGCGAUAUUUUAACACCGCUGUUCGUGGCGUGGGCCGCGUCCAUUGGCUACGCAACGCUUCAUCGCAUCGCCAUGGCGCGCCGGUGCGACGGUGUAUCGUCGGCAGUGGCAUCCACGUCGAGUAGGAUCUUCCUGUCGACCAACUGGUGCAGCACCAACUCGUUCCUCUCGCACGUGACGCCCCCCAACGUCCUCACGACGCUCCCCCUCGAGCAGACGAAUGCCAUCAAGAUUGGCAACCGCAUGUUCUGUAAGCCGAGCACGAUGGCGCUGCUCGGGUAUGCCACGGUUCUCAAUGCGCCCGACGCGACCGCCUCGAUGAAGAAAGGCGACGAAGAGUUUACGAUCGUGAGCAUUUACAGCUUGGUGCUCGCGUUGUACGGCCCCAAAUGGGUCUGCGUGACGCCCCGCGCCGUCGGCGACAUUAUUGCUAAUACGUUCCGAGAGACCAAAGGACCGCUCGACAGGACCAAGUCGUACAUCUACACGCGCGGCACCUGCAUUUCCUAAGUAGAUUUACAUUUACAAACGUGUACAACAUGCAUCAACGAUUCGCCA